AUGAAUGGUUGGAGAAGCAACACCCUCCGUAGCUAUAACUCCGCAGUGCGGAAAUUCCUAAAGUUUGCGAAAGAGAAAUUGGAUAGACGUUUCGAAUUACCGGCGACACACGAAGACAUUAUUGGUUUCUGCUAUUGGGCAGGAAGAAACGAAGACGACGCCAACCCUAACGAAGUAUCCGGGGCAACGCUGACGAAGUACCUUCACGGCAUGAAAGCCUGGCACACAUACCACGGGGUACAAUGCCCAUAUCACUCUGAUAAAAAGGUGGCACUAAUGAUAAAGGCAUCGUUAAGAGCGGACGCACUAGCAACACGACAAAAGGCGAAAAGACCAGUGAUGGUAGAACUUGUCAGCAUGAAUUGGAUCUCCUCUGCAAACCAACUUUGUCAAACUCAAGUUUGUAUUCACUUUGACAAUAUUUUGGGGCGCUCGGGCAAAAGUCCCUCCUGGAGGCUCACUUGGUUCAACUUACAGCCUGCAGUACAUAAGGACUUUCGCAAGUUCGCCCAUCGACCCAUCGAUGCAGCUUGCACGAUGCCUACAUACUGUAUGUCCCUGCCAUUGGGUAGCAUCGGCGGUGGGUUGUGA